AUGGGCAACGCCAACUCUACGCCCGCCAAACCAGGCAACGCCGGCUCAAACGAAGCAAGCUUCGAUCCUUCACUCAAGCGUUACUCGAGCAACCAGAUCGGCCAAGGUCGUGCCAACACAUCGAAUGCUGUCGAUGCUGGCGUUGCUUCCCCUUCGGCUGCAGCACGCCAAAUAGCAGACCGCUCUGGAUCAGGCCCACGCAUGGGCCGCACCGCUUCUCUCUUUGGACGAGCGAGUAGUCACGAUGGGGCUACUACCCCUCAGAGGAAUCGCUCACGGAGCGGCAGUCUGUCUGGAUACCUCGCCGCACAAUGGAGAGGCUCAGCGACCGCCGCCAUGAUUGCAGGCGAUGCGCCCGCCACAGUCAAAGAGGGUCGAGAACCACCAACAACAGACAAUGGAUCAGCUUACUCUCCGUCCACCCGCUCUCGUCUAGCCAAAGAUCCGCAGACCCCCUUUGCUGGCUACGAGAUCUCCAACACUGCCAAAGAGGUGGGCACCGAUAUGGAGACUGCCAUCCGAACCAACCCACGCACUUGCAGACUCACAGAAGGCUUGGCCAUGCCAUCAUCGCCUGGCGGUUUUGAUCCGCGCAAUUCUGUCUCGACACACCCAAGUCCUUCUGUCGCAACCCACGCUCACUACGCCUCUGGCUUGCCUAGCCAUCACGCUUCUGUAGGCGUGUCCAGCGGACUUCGCGUAUCGUCUACCGACCUCGAUGCUGAAGCAGUACCAGCCAUGAUGCACAGAGGCUCAGAACCGCAGACAGUGCCUGGAGCUACUGCUCGAGCACCAACACGGCACCCACUUUUUGGCGUUGGUGGCACCAGCAUGUUCACCAAUGUUGGUACAAGUCUCGGAACCAACGCCGCCGCAUCACCUCCCGUCGGCGGCUCUAGUCCCAUCAUGUUGUCUCAACCCAUGAACCUCGGUGACGGGGGCGAAGAAGCAGAUGGGCCUCAUCGACCUCCAGCUGCACUUCCAUCCUACCUCAAGAUCCCCACCGCGAUACCCAGCUCGCAUGUUUCGCCGAGCUCUCCCCCAGCUAGCAUCUACUCACAGCAUUCUGACCGAUACCGUGCACCUUCGGAGCCACAGCGUUCGCGAUCACCUUCCCUCAUGCUGUCCGUGGACGACACACGUCCCGCCCAUGCCGUCGCUGCCGCCGGCGCAGCUGCUGCAGUGCUCAACACUGAGGACGUACUCAUAGCACCCGGAGAUGCUAGCAAAGCAAGCUCGCCCAUUGAGGGACGCAGGUCAUUCUUCGGUGCGGGCAGGGACGAAUGCAAGGACGAGGCCGCACCUCUCGACACUAGCAUUGAAGAAGCUCGUGCUGCCGGCAUCGACGUCUCUGACUUGCCAGGCAGCCCCGCACAGGCAUCGGAAGCAAAGGAUGCUCAAGCAAGCAGACAAACAGAAGAUGGCGAGCGAGAGUCAAGGAAGCUCGAGAGGGCUUCACUUGAAGCGGGUGAUGGCGCGCCAUUGGAUGCCUCUCGCACACCAACGCCGACUCCGUCUGGUUACCGGCCACGUGCAUUGACUCCGACGAGGAAAGGCGGAGCGAGCGUUCUCUGCUCCCUUUCCCCAGUCGCAGGGCCUUCCACUUCCAUGAGGCCGCCAUUUCAACCAAUCUCAGCAAGACGACCCCACGUUGAUGUGCAGACAGGAGGUGAAAGCGGGUACAACACGCCACUGUUGCCUCCUGGCUUAACAUCGGCUCCUCCGAGUGCAUCCGUACCUGGCGUCACUCCGUUUUCCGAGGUUUCAUCGUCUUCACCGACCAUCGAGCAUGCACGCGGACGCGCGUCUGAUGCUUCACGCACUCCAUCCGCGGCAGGCAGCGUUGGUAACAACAGCCAGCCGUCGACACCCGUCAGCGCGAAACCAGGCAGUGUUCAUCAAACCGACUCUCAGCAUGCACAGACAUCGACCGACCAGCAGCAACCUCCGCUCAUGCCAAUCGUCUUGACGUGGCGAGCAGGUGGUCGCGAAGUUUUCGUCACGGGCACUUUUGCCAACGAAUGGCGAUCCAAAAUCCUUUUGCACAAGGUCAAGCGCGAUCAUACCUGCGUACUUCACCUCCCACCGGGUACGCAUCGUCUCAAGUUCAUUGUGGAUGGCCGAUGGCGUGUAUCUCGAGAUUUGCCUACGGCGACAGAUGGUGAUGGUAACCUGGUCAACUAUGUCGAGAUUCCCAAUGUUGGACCAGCGCAUCCUGGACCACUCAGUGCGCCUGGUGAAGAUCUGCCCGGCGCGGAUGCAGAUAAGAACCGUAGCGAACGCAACUCGAAGAUCGAGUCCAAGAAGACGACGAUGAACCUGGUCGAGGAGGCAAGGCGGGCUGAAGCAAUGCGUCUGGACGAUCUCUUUGACGAUGAUGGCAAGGAUCAGGAGGAGACAUGGACAUGCGAGAUUCCGACCGCGCUCAUCAAAGCACAGGAGGCGGAAGAAGCCCAACGUGAAGCAGAGGAGAGUGGGCAAGCACAAUUCAAGCACACACAACAUCAUGGUAGCGACGGCACCUCCGGAGCGCCUCUUCCCCAGCCACCAGCACUGCCGAGACAGUUGGAAAAGGUCAUUCUCAACUCGUCGCCUGCCAACCCGAGUAAUGGCACCACCUCAGGCAGCACUGUUGACGAUAACAGUAUCCUCCCAGCUCCGAACCAUGUCGUACUCAACCAUCUCACAGCGAGCAGUAUCAAAGGUGGCGUUUUGGCAGUAGGCACAACGACAAGGUACAAGAGGAAGUAUGUGACUACGGUCUACUAUAGGCCGGUGCAAGUUUGA